GUGAAUAGAUAAACUACACUAGAGCACCAUGUCCGAAUCCAAGAGGGUCGUGCUUGCGUACAGUGGAGGGUUGGAUACGUCCUGCAUUCUCGUCUGGCUCAUAGAACAGGGAUAUGACGUCAUCGCAUUCUGCGCUAACAUUGGACAGGAUGAUGAUUUCGAUGCUGCAAAAGAAAAGGCAUUAAAACUUGGCGCCAAGAAGAUGAUAAUUCCUGAUGUGAAAUCUGAAUUCGUGGAGGAAUUCAUCUGGCCUGGCAUACAGGCUAACGCAGCCUACGAGGAUAGGUAUCUACUGGGCACCGCCCUGGCCAGACCGUGCAUUGCGAGGGCCAUGAUCAAGGUUGCGGUGGGGGAGAAGGCGCAGUUUGUAGCCCACGGUGCCACGGGCAAGGGCAAUGACCAGAUCCGGUUUGAACUGGGGGCUUAUGCUUUGCACCCAACUAUCAAGGUCAUUUCACCAUGGAGGCUGCCCGAGUUUUACAAACGUUUCCAAGGUCGCGCUGAUUUAUUCAAAUAUGCACAGGAGCAUGGGAUUGAUUUGCCUGUGACCCCCAAAGCUCCAUGGAGUAUGGACGCCAACUUGAUGCACAUAAGUUACGAGUCGGGGGUACUGGAGGACCCAGCGACCCACGCCCCUCCCGGGAUCUACCAAAUGACCGUGGACCCAGAGCAAGCUCCCGAGCAAGCUGAGAAAAUUGUCAUUUCAUUCAAAAGUGGUUUGCCUGUUAGUGUUAAGAAUCUGGGGGACAACACCACAAAGACUGACCCCCUGGGAAUUUUCUCUUACAUGAAUGAACUAGGAGGAAAGCAUGCCAUAGGGCGAAUUGAUAUUGUAGAAAACCGAUUUAUUGGAAUGAAAUCGAGAGGUUUAUACGAGACCCCCGGGGGAACCAUCCUUUUGGCGGCCCAUGUCGACAUCGAACUCUUCACACUCGACAAGGAAGUACGGAAGAUAAAACGAAAUCUGGAUAUCACCUUUUCAGAACAAGUUUACAAAGGGUUUUGGUUUAGUCCUGAGUGCGAGUUUACACGCUCCUGUAUCCAGAAGAGCCAGGACCACGUGACUGGUAGCGUCACUGUCAAGCUGUAUAAAGGAGGAGUGUACAUCUUGGGGCGAGAGUCGCCGCUGUCGUUGUACAAUGCAGAGCUCGUCAGCAUGGAUGUACAAGGCGAUUAUGAGCCAACAGAUGCAGGAGGAUUCAUUAAGAUAAAUGCACUCAGGCUUCAGGAAUAUUGUCGACUUCGACAGAAUUCGGGCUCGGGGAAGUAGCAAGUGAAAAUUGCCCAAGAAUAAUAUGUUGUGAAAAUGUGAUUUUAUUCAUUCUUGUGUAUAUGCGCGCGCGUGUGUAUGGUUAUCAUACCAGUAAUUUGUUUAUAUAUAUACAUGUACAAUAACUAAUACUUCUAUCAAAUUCAAAUUUUGUGUCAAUUAUGAUCAAAUAAAGGUUUUUUCCCUGAACUUUGAAAUUUUACUACAUAACAUUAGUUAUGACUUUACAAAAACACUAUUUGAUUACGUAAGUGAUUUAAUACCUGC